AUGAGAGACCGAGAAGAUGAAGCAAGAUCUGUUGCGACAAGUGCAGAGGUUUCCAGAGAUCUGGCGAUUCCCUCCGUGCAGUAUCCCAACCCGGGCUAUUUAGGUUCUUCCAGCCAUACGACACUCUUCGACCAGCUACGGCUUCAACGGGAUACAGAAGGUGCUUCGAGUCGAGAGACGGAACCUAGCCCCAGUGUCCAGACCGACCAUGCGGUUGAUGACACCUGCAUCUCCAGGGGCGCAGAGCUCAUCCUCGAACUGCACCGCGUAUCGACGAUGCAGCCAUUCGCCCUCCUCUUCAAGAAAUGGGUGGCCACAGGAACCAAUCUCGCGUUGGCCGGCCCCUUUACCGGCCCUUGUGCAUCCGCCGUGGCCCACACUCUGUCCCGAUGCGACGGAGCACUCGCAUCCGCAGCGGCCAUUAGCAGAAACCUCUUUGCCCGUUCCCGUUGCCCUAUAUCCGUCAGUCCCGAAACCACAUUCGAUGAAUACUGCGCUCACUUUGCUGGACAAAACGCUCGAUGGGAAACGGUAGGCCUAUUCUUCACUGCUGUUUGUCGAGCCUCUGUAGACUUGGCCUAUGCAGAACCGCUGUAUGGCUCGGAGCAACAACGUCGUAAGAUUCAAAAACUGACCCUCUCGUACUCGGACCGAUGUUUGGAUCUCUGUCUACCGCUGGACUGUAUGAAUGAUCUACAGCUUGUUCUCCAGUAUGAGAAUUUCAUCUCUCACUCGCAGGUGGACGGGGAUCAGAGCUAUCUCUCGUGGCGCAAACUGGGAGACGUCGCAGCCUCCCUUUUCGCUCUGGGCUACCACCAACAACAAACCGAAUCCUUCAGCGCGGCCCCUCCCUUCCUUCGUGACCUUCGCCAAACCGCCUUUUGUCGGACGUAUUCGGCGGAUAAAAAUGUGUCGAUCUUUCUCGGCAGGCCACCUCGCAUCGUUCGCAAGUUCUGUCACUUUUGUCUUCCCGGGAACCAUGUCCAGCCCGCCCAGCAAGCUACCCGUAAGCCAGCUGCCUGGGAUCCUGCUGAAAAGCCGGAUUUCAUCUCGGACUCGCGGUGGGCUGGUCUCUGCGCGAUCUUGAAGGAGGAUAUAUUGGAUCUGUUCGCCGAGGAGAACUCGGAGGAAAGGGUCCGACGGGCACGGCUCAUAGAGACCGAUGCUCAUGCUCAAUGGACUGCUGUCCCCCAAAGCUAUCGCCUCGAGGGCAGUCUCAAGGCCUGUGACCGGCGACCAGUGGAGCGCGACUUCAUGGUCAAUAUGAAGCUCAAUUAUCUCCACGUCCAAUUCCUUCUGCGGCUGGCUUUGGUCCGCCCGAUGAUCACCGACCCCGACCCGGAAUUGUUCACGAUUUCCAUGGACAUGCUUAGCCUUGUCAUCGAGACGAUUAUGCUCAAGGAGCAGAUGAUCAAUUCUGGCACAUCACUAGUCUGGAAGGUCGCAUACUACGGCUUGUCAGCGGCGGGGCUGAUCUCCCUCACUCUUGUAAACCAAUCCUUCGCCACAGACACCCUCCAGACGAGCAUGUCCAAGGUAUUCCAGGACCUGAGCAUUCUCGUGGGAGAGAUUGAACGUGGCACGUUGGUUUAUAUUGACUCGCCGAAUUAUGCCCUGCUGGCUCGUGCCACUCAAACCAUCAAGAGUCUUCUCGACCGCAUGAUGUUCCCUCCACACAACAUGACAACAGCUUCAGGCCAUCAACCAGCUCUGGUAGAGUCCGAGCAGAUGGCCCCCUGGGAUGAUGGAACUUGGGGUCUAUGCGACCACUAUCUCCAGGAUUUUGAAAUCAACUUCUGGCAUAAUCUUGCUAGCCAUCCUUUUCUUAAUCAUUGA